CUUCAACACAGGUGUGUAUCACGCAGCGUGUGUUUUGCUGUGCCGUUGCGCCUUCCAGGUGAAUUUCAAUCAAGGAAGUCGUCGACGGACGGAGGGGAGAGUGGAAAAAAACGUCAGAAACAAUGAUUUUCAUCCCGCUUUGGUGGUUUUAACUGUAACCUAAGGAGGAAUAAGGAAGUUUAGACAUGGCGAGCACAGGUACAGGGAUUUGCUGUGCCAACCUCAAAGACAACAAAGCCUUGAUGAAGAUGGGGCUGGCUCUGGUGCUGGUUGGCCACGUCAACUUUCUUCUCGGGGGGCUGGUUCAUGGCGCUGUCCUUCGACACAUCAACGUUCAUAAACAAGCACGAACGAUGGAGUACGCCGUCUCUAAUGUCAUUGCCAUCGUGGCAGGACUGGUGGGAAUCAUAAGUGGGAUAACGGCUAUUGUCCUUUCCAAAAACAAGAGAAACAGGACUCUGAUGUGGGUUCUGCUGAUCCUCAGCUUCCUGGCUGGUUUACUAGGAUUUGCCUCUGCCUUAGGCUUGUCCGUUUCCUUCAUUAAAUCCAUUGCUUUGGAUGGAAGGAGCUUGCUGACACACUGCAACUUCUCUAAUUUAACCACUUCCAGCAUUACACACCAGUGCCCCUUUGAUCCCACUCGCGUCUGGGGAACCACUCUGGGUUUGUGGGUGCCCCUCAUCAUCAUGACCACAGUGGAAAUGGUCUUCUCCUUCCGCUCCUUUGCUGUCUGCGCUUCAUUCCUCUACUUGUGUCCGUGCAGGAAAAAGCCGCUCAAUGCUCGGAGGGUACGUAUCGAGACACCAGUACAAGCCACACCAACACCAGCGGACGACGGCGACACAGAGGAGCCAGCAGAGCACAAUGAGCUGCUGUCGUCGCCGUAGUGGAGCAAAGUCGACCUCAGAGAAAGCUGUCUUCAAAUGAUCCAAUGUUACACGCAAAACUGACUCCAGGACAGAUUUUUGUUACACUUUAGGCUACGGUCACAAAUACAACUGCCACCUCGCCAUCGGCAGAAUCUUGUAGACUUAAUACUGCCGCCCGAUUUUAUUUUUUUUUUUAAAUCAUUGGCGUGGUCAUGAAUGUAGACAGCGCCACUCAGGCCUGCAUAAUGACCUACUUCUUACCAGCGGCCCGUGACAUUUAAUGAGGACGGGCGCCAUCCGGAGACAUUUACACAUCGUCCAAUCAGAGCUGCCGCCAGCCGGCGAUCCGCCUUGUUGCCGCCUAGCUGUUACCAAAUUUUGUAAUUCCCAGCUUGUCACUGGAAUGCCACCGUGGCAACCUCAAAAUGUGCCCGGGUGGCCAUUGACCAAUGUCAACUUUUAGAGAAAAAUCGUCUGGUCAUUGUAAAAUGUUUUCUCUGCGUUGUGUAAAAAUGUGACGACCCCCGCUUAAUUUGGUGAAAAAUAGGAAUGUGACCGUAGUCUUUAACAUCUUAUGCAAUUUUGAAGUACCUUCCUAUGUUAGUUUUCUAUAAAAAAAUCUGAAAGUUUUAUGUUUUUGGUUGUAAAACUGUUAAUAAUGGAAGCAAGUUACUAAGUUACAAGAAACAAGCUAACUUGAAUAUUUGUUCAUUUUAAGAGAGAAAACCUUUGAAUUGAUUUUGAUAUAAAAAUUAAAUUUUAAAUGGAAACCUUACGUGAUUUUUGUU